UAAUAUUAAUAAAAUACAUUUAAUAUUUUUUUUAAAAAUAGUUCAAAUUAAAAAAAUCACACAUGAAAAAAGUCAUGAUUUCUAUUUUAAUACAACUCAUUAUAUAUAUAUAUAUUGGUUAAAUUAUUUAAAUCGGUUCAGUAUUUUGAACUAUAGAAUAGUUUAUAUUACUACUAUGUAUAAUUUAUUAAGGAAUAAAAUAUGUGUUUGUUAACCAAUCCGAUUUUAUAGGAGUCGAUUGUUAUAUUAGGAAUGAUAUAUUAUUAAGUCAUAUUAGUUGGAAUAAAUGAAUCAUAACUGAUUUCUAGUGAGAGUCCAUUUUUUAAAAUAUCACACAUGAAUCAAGGUUGUGACUUCUGUUUUAUUAUAUAAGAUAUAUAAGAUGUUUUGGGGAUAAGGAGAGCUUUCUUUUCCUACCUCAUUUAAAAAAUCAAUAAUGUACCUCUUGGGAUAAGAAGAACUUCUUUUAAAACGGUAUACAGGAAGUAUUUAACUCACCUAGAUCUUUAAUAUCAAAAACAGAUUUGAAAAAAGGUUUAGUAGAUUGGAAACUUUCCAUCUUAGGAGGCGUAUAGAAUAUAUACGUAUAAAGGGUAGGUUAGUCAUUCAUCUAAACCUACUAUAGAGGUGUGUGAUCUAUCAUUCUUUGGGAUAAGAUAGAUCUUUGUUGCUUGAAUUCAAUUAAUUAGAGAUAUUAUAAUGGACAAAGUUAGUCCAGUAAGAUAUGCAUCGGAACUAGCAAUGAUUUGGCUAUGAUAUAUAUACAGGACAAAAGUAAUUUAAAGAGUUGGUGGUCCCAUGCCUUGUUGGACCUUAUAAUUAAAUUAUACAUUCAAUUUGCCAACCACAACAUUUUUACUGUACAUGUUAUAUAUAGGGUAUAUAGCAAACCAAAUGAACAAAAAUUUCUGUAUCUAAACUCAUUAAAUCCUUUUGUGUAAAAAUGGCUAUGAUAGGCUUAUUUGGAGUCUUGAUAGCAUUCAUUUUCUUCCUUGUAUUCCAAUGUUUCUUUGUUUGCAAGAAAUCUCACAAUGUGGCUUUGCUGGAGAACUGGCCUUUCCUUGGGAUGCUUCCCGGAAUACUCUUCAAUCUCCCUCGAAUUUUUUAUUGGCUUUCUGAGGUUCAUGAGGCCAACGAUAUGACUUUCGCUUUCAAAGGGCCUUGGUUUAGUGGAACAGACAUGUUGUUCACUGUUGAUCCAAGGAAUAUCAAUCACAUGCUCAGCUCAAACUUUCCGAAUUACCCUAAAGGACCUGAAUUCAAGAAGAUCUUUGAAAUCUUGGGAGAUGGAAUUGUAGCAGCUGAUAUGGAGUUAUGGGAGGAUCUGAGGAAGUCAGGUCACGCCUUAUUCCACCAUCAGAACUUCCUGAAGCUCACAGUAAGUAGCACUACAAGUAAGUUAAAGAAUGAUCUUGUUCCAUUACUUGAUCAAGCUGCUGAGGAAAACAUUGUCAUAGACUUACAAGAUGUGUUCCAGAGAUUCAUGUUUGAUACUGCCUCCAUUUUGAUGACUGGUUAUGAUCAAAUGUCUCUAUCCAUCGAGAUGCCCGAAGUUGAGUUUAGUGAAGCUGCGGACUUCGCUGAAGAAGCUCUCUUCUAUAGACAUCUCAAACCGGUGAUCUUGUGGAGGCUUCAAAACCUGAUUAGUGUUGGAGUUGAGAGGAAGAUGAGAACUGCUUCGGAGUUUUUCAACAGUAUGUUUGCAAAGAUCAUAUCAACAAGAAGAAAAGAAGAGAAGAGUGGCGGGAAAAAAGAGCAAACUAUCAACGCAGUAACAUACUAUUUGAAUGCAGAUACAGCCAAAUAUAAGCUGUUGAAACCUAGUAACGAUAAGUUUAUAAGAGACGUUGUUUUGAGUCUAUUGGUAGCAGGGAGGGACACCUCAAGCUCAGCUCUCACUUGGUUCUUCUGGCUUCUUUCUAAGCAUCCUCAAGUUAUGACCAAGAUCCGACAAGAGAUCAACACAAAGUUUGAUCCCACAGAUCUAGAUAAGCUCGUGUAUCUACACGCUGCAUUGUCAGAAUCAAUGAGACUCUACCCCCCGAUUCCCUUCAAUCACAAGUCUCCUUCAAAGUCAGAGGUGCUUCCAAGCGGACACAAAGUUGAAGCAGAAUCAAAGAUUGUGAUCUGUAUCUACGCAUUGGGUAGAAUGAGAUCUGUAUGGGGAGAAGACGCAUCAGAAUUUAAACCAGAGAGAUGGAUUUCAGAAAAUGGAGGGCUCAAACAUGAACCUUCAUCAAAGUUCUUGGUUUUUAACGCAGGUCCAAGAACUUGCUUGGGUAAACAUAUAGCUCUUUUGCAGAUGAAGAUGGUAGCUGUAGAGAUCAUACAAAAUUAUGAUUUCAUGGUCGUUGAAGGUCAGAAGAUCAAACCAUUCCCCUCUGUCCUUCUCCGAAUUAAACAUGGUCUUAAAGUUACAGUCAGUAAGAAUAUAUGAUUCUUAUGUUUGCCUGGUUUCUACGGUAACUAUUUGUUUCCCCUUGUCGAUAAUAAAUGCGUCAGUACUUGUAUUAAUUUCCAAGCAAUAUCUAUCAAAAUCUAAACUCAUGUCCUGGUAAAAACAAUGUAGAUAAUAUAUUACUUUUUACA